CAGUCCCCGCGCCGCAGUGCCGGGCGCUCAUGGGGGGCGCCCACGGGCACCUGGGCCGUCUGCUCAUCAGAGCCGACCGCCACCCUCCCGCAUUCCCACGGUGCCCCACGCCCGCGCGCCAGUCGCCAGUCGCCCGCGGAGCCGCGAGGGCCUCGCCUAGAGGCGCAGGAGGACUGGGCGGGGCGGGGCGGGGCGCGCCCACCGGCCGGCCCAGGGCACCUCACGCGGGUGCACGCGCUGCAGCCCCACGGGGCGGGUGGGUGUGCUCGGGCCGCGCGCGCCGCCGCCUCAGCCUGCUGCUCCGCCCGCGCCGCCUGCUGCCGGCGCUCGGCCCAGCACGCCUGCUCUCGGGCUGCCGUGGGCAGCUUGGGGCCCGCGGUGUAGAGUCCGCCGGCCCCGGAGCCGUGUCCCGCACCCGGACGGUCCCGAGCCAUGGGGGUGUUGAUGUCCAAGCGGCAGACAGUGGAGCAGGUGCAGAAGGUGAGUCUGGCUGUGUCUGCCUUCAAAGAUGGGCUGAGGGACAGGCCUUCCAUCCGACGCACAGGUGAGCUGCCGGGGUCCCGCCGUGGCACUGUAGAGGGCUCUGUCCAGGAGGUGCAGGAGGAGAAAGAAGCAGAAGCAGGAACUGCGGUGAUCCAGGAAGAGAGUAGUGCCGGCCGCGCGGCCUGGGAGAGGCUCCGAGAUGGGCGUGGCGUGGAGCCUGAGGAGUUUGAGAGGGCUAGCCGCUUCACACCCCCUGCUUUCAUCCGCCCUAUCCGGAAGCUGGAUGAUGACAAACCUCCAGAAAUCUGCCUGGAGCCCAGAGAGCCUGUUGUCAAUGAUGAGAUGUGUGAUGUUUGUGAGGUCUGGACAGCUGAGAGCCUCUUCCCGUGCAGAAUCUGCACCAGGGUUUUCCAUGAUGGCUGCCUGCGCCGUAUGGGCUACAUCCAAGGAGACAGUGCAGCGGAGGUGAUGGAGAUGGCCCAUACGGAAACAGGCUGGAGCUGCCACUACUGUGACAACAUCAACUUGCUGCUUACUGAGGAGGAAAUGUACAGCCUCACAGAGACCUUUCAGCGGUGUAAAGUCAUCCCUGAUUGCUCCCUGACACUGGAGGACUUCCUGCGCUACCGCCACCAAUCAGCAAAGCGGGGGGACCGUGACAGGGCCCUGAGUGAGGAGCAAGAAGAGCAGGCGGCCCGCCAGUUUGCUGCCCUGGACCCUGAACAUCGAGGCCACAUAGAGUGGCCUGACUUCUUGUCCCAUGAGUCCCUCUUGCUGUUGCAGCAGUUGCGUCCCCAGAACUCUCUGUUGAGGCUUCUGACAGUGAAGGAGCGGGAACGAGCCCGAGCCACCUUCCUGGCGCAGGGCAGUGGGAGCACCAUCAGUGAGGCGGAGUGCCGCCGGGCCCAGCACUCUUGGUUUUGCAAACGGUUCCCAGAGGCUCCCUCCUGCAGUGUCAGCAGCAUCAGCCAUGUGGGUCCCAUCGCAGAUAGCAGCCCAGCCAGCAGCAGCAGCAAGAGUCAGGACAAGAGCCUGCUGCCCACAGAGCAGGAGUCCAGAUUUGUGGACUGGCCUACCUUCCUGCAAGAGAACGUCCUCUACAUCCUGGCUGCUCGCCCCAACAGUGCAGCCAUUCACCUGAAACCCCCAGGAUAACAUGGAGCAGAGAAGCUUGGUUUGAGGACAGUGACAUCCUCUCCCCCUUUCCUUUCUCCAUUCCCCCACCAACCUCUGGCACUGAGACUCAUGGGGUUGGGACACUGCCAGCGUCUUAAUUCGUCACUAAGCUUUAUGACACUGAAAUCACCAUUCCCCUCACAACAGAGGCAGUGAAUGCAUUGCCACAUGGAGAAGCCCUGGUAGUGUGGCAGCAUCCUCUCCUGGACCGCCCCUGCCCCACAUCAUAGAUGGGACCUGCCACCACAGGCAUAUGGGUGUGCACAUACUGCCCAGCUGUCCAUGCCUUCAGAAGCCUGGUUCUUUUUGGUUGAGAAAGGACCAAAGUCCCUUUCUGAAGCCCCUCGUAUAGAGGAGGGGGUCUUUACUCAUCCCUUCAAUUGGCCAGUUCUGACUUCCAAUAGUUCUGAUUUCUCUGGCCAGUUCUGAUUUCUCUGGCCAAGUGAUUCUUAAUAAGAGGGCAUGUCAGACUCGCAUGCCUGCCUGGAGAUCCUGGAGAUGCUAACAGGCCCCACUUCCCCCAUGAAAAUCCCUUCUGCGGUGAGCCACUGUUACUAGCAAGCAUGCAUUGUGUACCUUGGCUGUACUGAGUAGGGAAAAUUGUUAAACAUCACCACUGCAGUUCAGCCCUUUAUUUAUUUAAAUUCCAAUUCCUGGUGACAGGGAAGGCAACUAGCCUAGGGAAUCCUGACUAGAAGAAGGGGAGGCAGCCUUUCCCAGGGACCCAGGAUUCUAGGAACCUCUCAGUGAGAUCACCUGAGUCCACAAGUCUUUAGCAGGAUAGUCAAAAAUCGAGGUGAGCCUUCUUGGCCCCUGUUUUUCAGAUGGUAGUCCAUGGCCCAGGCCAAGGGGGCCUGAAUGGAACAAACACACUGGCGGGAGCCACAGCCCUCUGUGUUAGAUGCUUCACCCAAGUCACCGACCACAGAGACUGAGGAGAGCACACUCUGGAGGAAGAGGAGAGAAUGGGGCUCGUGCUUCCUCAUUUCAGCUCAACUCACUGUAGACACCAUCCACAGCCCAAGAAAGAGCAGCUCUGCAGAGCCCUGAACAGGGACUCUUUCAGCCAUCCUGACAAAGAGGAUAAGAGGCUGGGGUUUAAGAAGAGGCUCUGCAGAGAAGGUCCUGGGAAAGCCUUACAGAAGGAAAGGUUUCCCUUUCUCCCUGCCACUGAGACAUGCAUGGCCCGAGUGGCAGCUUCUCCUCGCUGCUCACCACAUGUCCUUCCUCACCAGGCUAGGGCCUGGGCCUGGCAUGGGAGGCCCUUUGGGACAAUCAGAGGCUGCCACGAGAGCACCAGGCCUGGCCUCCAAGCCCAGCAACCCUCAUCCUUCCUAAGUACUCAUCAAAUUCAAAUUCUCCAGUCUGCGUGUUAUGGCUCAUCCUGGCCCUGGGGUCCAGGUUCUAGGCUUCUAUUUCCAACCCAAUGACUUAGGCAUAGCCAGAUCUGACUACCAAGAGUUAUUCAAAAGGGAGUGGAGCGCAGUCAUGCAGAAGCAAACACAUCUUUAUUGCUCGAGGCCCUUGUGCUAAAUCAGGUGCAUACAGAAGAAAGCACACACCGCUCAGUGCUGAAUGUUUCAGGAAACCAGGGAGCUGCAGCCAGGGGCUUGGCGAGAGCCCUGUGUAGUCUCCUGAUGUAGGAACCGCCUGAGCUGGAAGCAGGGUGGUGAGCUGCUGGGGUUGGAUUAUUUGGGACUGAAAUAAAGCAGACAGGAGAUGGAUCUGGGCUCAGGUGUGUGGCCCACAGCUUUGGGAAAUACUCUUUAGCCAUCCCCCAGGACUCAUCCUUAGGAGGGGCCAUUAUUCUGUCUAGUCAAAAAAAGAAAGCGCAAGACUCCUGGGCCCAGGAACUGCAUCUGAAGCAGCCAGGCCUGGGGUUUUGCACUGAGAAGAUUAAAGCACAUUAAGCACAAGGGCUCUUACCUACUCUCCUGGCAAAUCAUCUUCUGUGCCAGUGGCCUUGGGCUGCUCAAUCUCACAGGGCAUUUUGAGUAAAGACAAGCUCUGGGCUUUGAGAGCUGAACAGCAUUUUUUCCUGCCUCAUCAGUCACAGGGACUAGAAGUCCGUCUUGUUCUCUGAUCUUUCACAGAUCAAGGUGAUGCCUACCUCUUUGGAGCUGCUGCCUCUAGCUCUCCGCUGGUGAGUGAGGAGAGUCGGUGGGCCAGGUCAGGCCUGCCAUAUUCCAGGGCCUGGCAAAGCAGCCCCGGAGUUCUUCCACAACAGGUGCAGGCCCAUUUGGGAUCACCUUUCGCCCUGUUCCAGAAUAGCAAUCUUCCUGGGUGAGGGCCUGCAACAGAGAUCCCAGGGGGCACUUCCCCAGCGAAGAAUAGAUUUCCCAGCUCACAAGAGUCCUAGGAAACAGAAAAGCACAAAGGAGCAGCUGGCAUCUUCUCCAUAGGCAUCUAACUUUUUACCAAAGGGGAAGUGCCAUUGUUCCCCAAGUCCAGAGUUGCAGAAGCCCCGCCCCAGCCCCCCAUCCAGAGUCUCCCUUUGCAGUGUCCUAAUUGCCAGAGCCCCUCUGUGGUAUGUAUAGAGAUGUUAAAAACGUUCAGAAACCUAGUGAAGCCCACUUCCUUUCCUUUUCAAGCUCUCCCAUCACUGUGACUUGCUAAAAUUCUGCCAAGUCCAAAUGUUAGCAUCAGGCUCCAAUAAGGGUAUGAGAAAAUAUUUCAGUCUUUUCUUCUUGGCUACCCAAAUUUGAGAUCAGUGUUUCCAACCAACGAAGGCCUGAGUUACAGAUAGGCUCCUCUGAAGGCCACUUUCCCUAAGUGUUUUUCACCUGGCAUUCCUCUUCCCCAUGUUCAGCUGUCAACGAAGGGGCAGCUGGAUGAUGCGGUGGAGCUACGGGGUCCGAGGGUCACCUGAGGCAGUGGCCCUGGCCGUGAGAUCUCUCCAAGUCUGCCCCUUGGCUUCCUCUCCUGAGCCCAGCCUUCCCCAACAGAACACUUGAGCAAGGGCCCCUAGGGUGUCCCAGGGAUGGAGCAGUCCCCUUACUCCUAGUUACUGACCUAACCCUCAAGUUCCCCUCUUCAUUUGAGGACAGCCAUAGUAGAAACCAUGAGGACAUUGCCUCUUUCUGCCCUCAGUGCAAGCACCUGGGGCUAGCAGGGCAGAUACCGGCCUUUCUGGCCUCUACUGCUCCCUAUGGGAUGUCACCCUGACCUUGCUUAAGUGGCCAAUUCUUAGGAUCCCCUUAUUUCUGUCACGAUUAUCAAAAGCACAGAAUUAAACUACCUGGGAAGAGGGGCACCUCACUGGGGAGUGAGUCCCAGGGUUGUACCCAGGACCCAUAGCCUAAAGCACAACCUCAACCAUUGCAGGUUUCACAGCUUCAGUCAGAGUGGUGCCAGGAAACCCAAAAGCCAAGAGGGGAGGUCAGCAGAAGCUGCCUGGCAGGGCCACAGGCCAGCCAGGCCCAUCCCAGAGCCAAGAGAAACUUCAGGCAGGACUGAGAACUGGUAGCUGACUCUAGUGAUCCUGCAAGCAUGUUCCCUUCAGACCAUCAGAGUGAAGACAGAUAGACACAUGGCCCUAAAAGGCAGAACAGUUCUGAUGCCAGAACUUUGGGACAUCCUGGCAGUACCUGUCACCACAGUCCCUUUUUAGACCUCCUCUAUUUACAGUGAAAUAAAAUUCCUAUUUUCUUUUUUUUUAAUUUUUUUUUCUUUUCCUUAUUUCAUGCUCUUAUCGGAAAAAUUGCUACUUUCUCCUACCACUUAGUUUGAAUUUGCCCAGGAUAUCUCUCUGGGCCCCUGGCUGCAACCCAGACAAUGGCAAGAUCUCCUGGAGUGGGGGAUAUUCAUGCAUCAUGCCUGUUCCUGACAGCUCAGCCCUGGUGUGGGGUGGGACUGGGCAUUUUCUCUGCUGUUGCUUUUCUGCUGCCACUAUUUUUGGCAACCUUGAAAAGAAAAUAAACAGAUUACAGAAUUUCUACUAGCACUAAGGAAAAGCUUUUUCCCUCUGGGCCACAUGCCCCAGUGGCCCAUGGAAAGGGGGUCAGCUCUGGUCUGGGCCAGUGACUAAGAAGCUCAGUCACCUUUCAGUUUCUAUAGCACUGGGUAGGCAUGACCACAGUUGAGAACGUCAAAUUAUAAGUAGCCAGGCCUUUCCAUAGCCAUGGUGACACAAAGGCCUUCAAGAUUAGCCUCCUGCCAUCAAGGACUGGCCUGUGAUCUGUCUCCCAGCCAAACCCAAGCUUGUAAGAGGGACUCUGAGAACACUUGAGUAACACUGGGAAAUCCAAUGCGCUCUGGUCCUUCAUGCCCUUCCCAUGUGCUUUUCUGAAGAAGGUAACUUGACAGUCAGCUGAGGGGAACGUCCCCAAGCCCUGUCUCCCCAUCUCUACAGCUGCAUGCUCCUCUGCGUGACCCAGCCUUCACAGCACUCCAGAAGGAGCUGAUGCCCUGAGGCUGGGCACAGUAGAAAUCAUAAUAAAGCGACUGUGAUGCUCUA